GCCGAAUAAAAUGACGUCACGGUAGAUGUAAUUGCAAAUAAAUAUAUAACUAAUUGGCCAAAAAAUGGUCAAAUUAUUCUUAUAUUCGUAACUAACAAUGGAAUUGCCAAGCAUGGGUGAACGAGUUUUUGCUGCAGAAUGUAUACAAAAGAAGCGUUUAAGAAAGGGUAAAGCUGAAUACUUUGUUAAAUGGAAGGGUUGGUCUACAAAAAACAACACCUGGGAGCCAGAGGGCAAUAUUCUGGACAAACGACUCAUUGAUGCAUUUAACAGAAGAAAUCCAGAUGGAGGGCACAAAAAACGGGGUCCAAAGCCCAAAAGUAGCCGCCAUCAGUCAUCAGCUGUGAAUAAUGACUCUAGUGACGACUCCGAUGACGAGUCAGCCAGGUCCAGCAAAAAGAAGUCAAGGUCACGGGAUGAUCUCUCAGACUCGGAAUCCGAAACCGAAGGUUCGUCCGAUCAGUCCACAUCUGACGAAAAUGAAUCAAUGUCUGACACUUCACAGGAGUUGAAGGAUGCCGAUAACAGUUCAGGCUCUACAACUGAUGAACGGGACGACAACGACAGGUCAAAUAAAAAAUCCACAAGUCAGAGAAAUGAGGACUCGAGUGAAUCUGAUUCUCCACCACCACCGAAACUGAUGCCUGUUAGAAAACGUGGCAGACCCCGGGGCUCAUUGAACAAGGUGAAGAAAUUUCACUUACCACAUUUGCAUAAUGCUAUGAUGAAACAAAAGGGAAAAGUUGGGCGUCCUAGAACGGUUGGUCGUGGUCGACCGCCCUUUAAGAGAGGCUUAGCACGUGGAGUCAUCACAAGUGGAAAGAGUCCAAAGUCCUCUAGUUACCUAAAGACUAUUGGUCGUGGACUGUCUAGAACACCUGUCAAAAUGUUAUCUCGUGGAAGGGGAAACAUUAGGGGUCGGGGGCCUAGAGACUCAAUCCUUAACAAAAUCAAAAUGAAGUCUGGUCGCGCACCAGGAAGACCAAAGAAGGAAAUGGCUGACUCCCACUCCAAGGACGGAAAUACUCAAAAAUCGAGCUGUAGUCCAGGCAAAGAUAUCAAAUCCAAGUUUUUUACUCACAUGAAAUCAGAAAAAUCCAAUUCAUCCGCUGCAAAUCAUAAGUGGGAUUCCAUGGGCUCCCUUCACGGUGUUAGCAUUCUGGAACACGAACCUGACUCAAUGGAUGAUGAGGCGUCUGAAGAUGCUGACGAUGCAUUCAGUGGAGACGAGAGGGACACCUUUCUUGAAAGACCUAUUGACCUACGGAACUAUUGGUAUCCUCCACCCAACAACAAAGAUCUUAUGGACAAGGUCUGUAUUACGGAUGUAACAACUGACUCUGGUAGUACAAUCACCUUUAGAGAGGGGCCGUCGUAUUCAGGAUUUUUCACGUCGGAAAAUGGAUAAAGUGGAAUUAUAAAGCCAUAUGAUUGCAAGUCUUCUUAAUACUAUGUGUUCAGCCAUUUAAAAUUCACCUCUAUUUAUUUUCAUCAUGUUCAGCAUAAUUCUGUUAAAAUUAUUGUAAUUGUAAAUGUGUUGUGUGUAGGUUAUAAUUUAGUUACAAUUUAUUUGUUAUUCAAACAUUUUUCUUGAUCUUGUAUUUCUUAGAAGUUUCAGCGUAAUUCUGUCUCCACAUUUCUGUGAACAAACUUAAUGUUCUUCCAUCAUUUAUAUAUAUUGUAAGUCUGAAGUAAAUUAAGUAACACAUGUCUUGUUGUAUUUCGGUUAAAUACAAUGCCCGUUUUUCAUAAAAUAACUUUCAUUUAAAAGAUUUUCAUUUUAAAAUAAUUGCUUACAUUUUUGCAGCUGUUGCUAAAUUAUGUAUGCAUUUGGUAAUUCUUAUAAAGGUCUUGGUCAAUUGUUGUUUUAUACUUGCUAUUGUCUGUUAAUAUUGUGGCCCAUUAUCUAUUAUAGUGAGGUAUAUUAAUUUUUGAAGGUUGUUCAUCCAGUACUCGACUGUAAAGGUCUUUAAUUAAGUAGACACCUGGGCCCAGUUGAUCAAAACUCUUAGAGCCAGUUAAGCUAGCAGGCUGUUAACCUCAGGCCAAAAUAAAUAUAAAGGGUUAUAAAGUAAGUCACAUAAAUAACUUGAUCCAAACAUUAAAUGCUGUUAGCUUAACCCUUUCCCACUCAGUGCAAAGUGAAAAUGCCUAUAUGCAAACAGCAUAAAGCCAGAAAAGCCUGCAAUAAGUUAGCAGUCUGUUCAGGUUUAAUGCUCUUUACUGCUAUCUAAGGUUUGGAAAUGAAGCCUUUUAAACUUGAAUCUAGUAAGAGAGGUCUUCAAUUAAAUUUAACUUUCUGGGCGACUACAAAUGCAUCAAAGUGUGUCUUUGAGAGGUAAAGUGUUAAUUGGCAGAUAAAGUUUUGAGCAGCCAGGCCCUGACAAGUGGGCCUUGUUAGCUCAGUUGGUAGAGCCUUGGAUUACAAGUCCAAGGAGUUUUAUCCCAGGGUUUUAUCCCAGGCCCUGCCACAUAACUUAAGUGGGUAUUUAUCAUGAAAUCCUUUCUGCAGCCCUUAUGUCUGAUUCGAGAAGGGCAGUUGUCAGAUACUGGUGUAAGUAUGGGCAAUAAGUACUGGUUAACCAGCUUACCCAGGAAAAGUGGGAGUUGUUUAAUCCUUAACCACUUAGAUACGUAUUUGGAUGCAUUUGUAGUCCCUUAGAAAGUUGCAUUUAAUUAAAGGCCUUUCUUACUAGAUCCAUUAACAAGUGUUAAAGGUUUCAGUUCCAACCCUUAGAUACUGAUGAACAGCAAACAUCAUUAAACUUGAACAGACUGCAAGUUACUCACAGGCUGUUCUGGCUUUAUGCUGUUUGCACAUAGUCAUUUUCACUUUGCUUCUUAGUUGGAAAGGGUUAAUUGACCAUCAUGAUAUGACUGCGAUACUGUUGAAAACAGUAAAAAAAAACUACUAAAAAAACACCUGACAUUUGCAUUCAGCAGGCCAACAGUUUUCAGCUGAAUUUCAAAAAUCUUUAUAUUUAAAAGAUUGCUAUUAAAAACAGUCUUAAAUGUUUUUUAUACAGCAAAAUGUUUGUGAAACAGCAUGCCCUUUUUUUAGCUCAUCUUAGCACAACGUGCUCAUGGUGAUCGCCUUUUGUCCGUCGUGCGUUGUGCGUCCGUCGUCAACAUUUGCCUUGUGAACACACUAGAUGCCACAUUUAUUGUCCGAUCUUCAUAAAACUUGGUCAGAACAUUUGUCCCAAUGAUACCUCGACCGAAACUGGGUCAUGCUUGGUCAAAAACUAGGUCACUAGGUCAAAAAAAAGAAAAACCUUGUGAACACUGUAGAAGUCACAUUUAAUGCCCAAUCUUCAUGUAACUUUGUCAAAAUGUUUGUCUUAAUGAUAUGUUGGUUGAGUUCAAAAAUGGUUGCGGUCCAUUGAAAAACAUGGCGGCCAGGGGGGCAGGGCUGUAUUCCUUAUAUGGCUAUAGAGAAACCUUGUGAACACUCUUGAAGUCACAAUUUUUGCCCAAUCAUCAUGAAACUUGGUCAAAACAUAGGUAAUGAUAUCUUGGACGAGUUCGAAAAUGGUCCAAAUCGGUGAAAAAACAUGGCCGCCAGGGGGCGGGGCAGUUUUCUCUAUAUGUUUAUAGUGAAAACAUGUGAACACUCUAGAAGUCACAUUUUUGGUCAAAUCUUCAUGAAAUUUGGUCAGAACAUUUGUUUCCUAGAUACGUCGGUUGAGUUCGAAAAUGGUUUGGAUUGGUAAAAAAACAUGGCCGCCAGGGGGGGGUCUUUUUCCAUAUGUUUAUAUAGUAAAAAAAGCUUGUGAACACUCUAGAAGUCACAUUUUUUGCCUAAUCAUCAUGAAAUGUUGUCUAAAUAUCAAUUUUAUAGAUAUCUCGGACGAGUUCGAAAAUGGUCAUGAUCGGUGAAAAAACAUGGCCGCCAGGAGGCGGGGCAGUUUUCUCUAUUUGUAUAUUGUAUAAACACGUGAACAGUCUAGAAGACACAUUUUUUGUCAUGAAAUUUGGUCAGAACAUUUGUUUCCUGGAUACGACGGUUGAGUUCGAAAAUGGUUCGGAUCGGUAAAAAAUAUGGACCCCAGGAGGGGGGGUCUUUUUCCUUCUAUUUAUAUAGUAAAAAAAGCUUGUGAACACUAGAAGUCACAUUUUGUCAAAUCAUCAUGAAACUUGGUCAAAACAUUGGUUUUAUGAGUUUGAAAAUAGUUGUGAUCAGUGAAAAAACAUGGCCACCAGGGGGUGGGGCAAUUUUAUCUAUAUGUAUAUAAGAAAACAUGUGAACAGACAUAUUUUUCGGACCGUUAUAUCGCGCUGUCCAAUAUAUCGCGCUUUGGCUAUGGCUCCCAAAAAUCCGACAAGCAUAAUCACUAAAUGCCAUGUUUUAAUCUGAGAAUUCGCUAACUGGAGCAAAAAAAACCGGUUCUUGCAAGUAUUAACACCCUAUAUGUCACGGCUUACUAUGGCACGCAGUGAAGCGUGAAAAACAGUCGAUAAGUGACAGUGUUGUGUACACACGGCUGGGGUUGUUUUUAACACUUAACAAAUAACCAAUAAGUGUCAUUUCAAAGGUAAUUAUGGCAGUUUACUGGUAUAUAAAUCGUUUAAUUUCGGCACUGGUCAUGAAUUUCUUUGUUCUAAUAAAAAGCGCGCGAAAAUUGGCGUGGAUGUAUUUAUUUGUAAAUAAAAGUUUCGUUACGGGUACAACAUUGAGAUAAUUUAAUUUCCAUAAAAAGUUUCGUUGUAAAUUUCAACUAAACUACCGCGGUAUCUCGCGAAUUAUGUGGCAUUGACAUUUCCUCUUAAUAAAAUAUCAUUCAAACACGCUGUAUCGUUACCGUUACGCUGUUUCAGUUCCUUCAUUAGGACUAUUUAUAAGGGUAAAUUCGAAUCUAUGCACAAUUAUAUUUUAGACUUUUUUUUAAGGCAAGAAUUUUUUUUUAACUGUUUCGCGAGCGAUCGUUCAAGAAAAUGAAAACAAUAAUUUACAUUUUGGUUUUUAUGAUAAAUACAGAUACGUAUGUAGUUAUUAAAAAUGUUUAUUGUAGAAUUGGUUUGCAAUUAUUACUAUAAAAAUAUGUAGCAUCGCCGUAUAUAAAAUGAAAACAUUGGGGAAAUUUGACAAAUUAACCGCAAUACAAUUUAGUUAGACAUUUCUCGAAUUAUAUCGCGCGCCGGAUAUAUCGCGCUCGCGAUCUUUGGAUCCCAACAACCGCGAUAUAUCGGCGUUGCAGUGUAGUAACAGAUGCCGGGGGGUGGUCAUUUUCCAUAAAUUUAUAUACUAAAAAAGCUUAUGAACACUCUCAAAGUCACAUUUUUUGGCCAAUCAUCAUGAAACUUGGUCAAAACAUUGGUUUUAUUGAUAUAUUGGAUGAGUUUGAAAAUGGUCGUGAUCAGUGGAAAAACAUGGCCGCCAGGGGAUGGGGCAUUUUUCUCUAUAUGUUUGUUAGAAGCAUUUUCCUUAUGUAUAUAUAUUUUUUCUUAAAUCUGGGUAUUAAAAACAUGGCCACCAGGGUGGUUGGGGUAAUUUUCUAUAUAGGCCUAUUGUGAAUACUUUGGAACACCUUAUUGUUUAAGUCAGUCUUCUCAUACCAAUAAUUUGCAAUAUUUGCUGAAGAGUUUUAAUCUUUGUUUCUUUCCAUCUAAGUCUCUCAGGUGAGCGACCCAGGGCCCUUUUGGGCCUCUUGUUUACUUAUGGAAGUUAAAACAGAUGAGAUUUUAGGUUAGUUAGAAUUUAGAAUGACAUCAAGGAGUAGUCAAUGAUGUAGAAAAACUGUGCAUGUUGAUCGAUAAAAAUAGAAUAGUAUUAGGUCACUGAAAUAAUAAUAGUGUGAAAUUGUAUAGAAUAAAUAAUAAAAAAGGAAUUACAUUUUUAGGAUAUACUUAAACUGUGGUGUUUCGAAUGAUUUUGUGAUUUCAACCAGACUUUAAUCCAUUUUAUGUUCUGCCAAGUGUACUUCUUUCAGUAAAGAUCUGUGUAAAAAGAUUUGCGAGUUUUAAAAACAACAACUAAUGUGCUGAACUUAAUUAUAAAAUAACAAUAGGUUAUUGAAUAUGUGUUGUGCAGGUAGAUACAUCUGUAGUCAUGAAGACGCUGGACGACCUGUAAAUAAAUCUCAAACACACACAAGAAUAUGUGUUGAAAUAAAAUGCAUGUGUAUUUGCUUUAUGCUUCACUGACAAUGAGCAUAAAUUGAAAUGGCUUCAAUUCUUUCAACUACUGCAUUCAUAUUUGUUAUUGUCAUAUGUAAACUUUUCAUAACUUUGCGUGAACAUUCCCUUUAACUUGUUUAUUUUCAAGAGCACAUUCCUGUGUAAGUGAUUUCUCUGCAAAACAAAUGUUAGUGUUAUUGAGAACUGUUUUUGAUCUGGUACCAGUUGUGCUUAGCACGUAUUAACCAACCUGUUCUUGGAAUAAAAAUGAAUGUAAUGCUCAAGAAAAAGUAAUUGUUUUUAUUGGAACCUUUGGCAUUAACUGAUAAUUCAGAUAUCUAAUUAUUGCAAGGUAAAUAGUAAUUUACAAUCACAUAAACACUUUGUGUUUUUAUAAGCAAAAAAGUUUCUGGAAAUUCUUAAUUAUCAAAGCUUAUUGGGUUGGUGGAUGGAACAACUUUAAGUAAACAGGGUUGGUUAGAUUUCUUAUUUGUGUCUGACUUAUGUAGACUAAUGCCGCGCAAUUUGUUAAACAUUGUUUAUUGACUUGUUAAA